AUGCGCACGUUCAAGAGUGAGUCUAGUGGCAUGCCGGGAAGCGAGUUGUUGUCGGUGCUGAUGGGUCCUAACGGCAGCCAAACGAAGUUGGAUGACUGUGUGGCACAGGUGGUUACGAUAGGCGCGGGUGGCGGCGAGGUGACGGCUUUGGUGUUGGCGCACAAGACGGCGUUUGAGGUGGAGGUGGAGACAGUCGGCGAGCUAACGCCAUUGACAAUGGAGACGACGAUGGUGGAAGGCGAAAACUAUGACUGGUUCGAGCAGUGGGACCGACUGAUGGUCUGGCGGCCGAAGGACGGGCCUUCCAGCGACAAACGCGCGGAGGCGGCGCUGUUGGCCGCACUGCGGGGCCGUUUGGCUCGCAGUGGUCCGCGGAAUAAGCCUGAGGCGGUGGACGCUCUCUGUCGCCAGGUCUUUGGGGAACACGACCUGCACGACCUGCACGCCAUCCUGAAAGGGAGCGGCGAGAUGCAGGAGCAGGAGGACGGCGUUACCGUGGCUGUGACGCGACCCGUGGACCCGUCGGAGUUGGCGGAGCUCUUGGCCAGGGUACCCAAGGGCUGGAUGCCGGUGCUUCAGAGGUCGGCGGAGUGGAAAACCGCGGACUGGAUCGACGGCGGGGACGUCGAGGCCACACAGAGGAAGCCUAGACGCGAAAUGCAGCGCUGCCUGUACACUACCGCUGGCGUUUUGACGGCGGGCCUGACCGUCGGGCUCUUUGCGAACUUGCUGUUGCCGUCGUUUGAACGAGGGCCGACGGGGACGGCGGGAGAAGAGGUUAUGUUGCCGGAGACCUUCGCGAAAUUGAGCGACGACCGAACGGGGUUCGUCUGGGCGCGUGGAGACUACCCCGUCCCGGUGGCGCAAUGCGGCAGCGGCACCCUACUAUGCGGUAACGAGUGCAACCAAACCGGCAGCCGCCCUUGGUCCAUCUCCUUCGGCUACCCCUGGCCCCUCUCCUUCCCUCUCGCCUGGAACAUCGCCCACGAGUUCGCACACGGAAAGUGUGAGAUCAACUGCCGAACGCCUGCAGAAAUUAUAGCCUCCACCAAUACACGACUCCUGACGCACUUCCCCCUCCAAAACCCGCUCAACACGACCAUGUCGAGUGAGGACCAAGUCGAAGAAAUCUUUGGGGCACUUAGAACUCGCUAUUGUGCAGUUCCAAAUACUUCGUGGCAGAUCGUCGGCUCGCGGUCAAACUGUGUUUGCGACGCAGCUGUCGCCGGCUGUCGGGUGGUGAAACAAGGCGUCGAGGAAGUGCUCAAUAAUGAUCGGGAAUACCGCGAGGUUGUAUUCGCCGAUUUCGAAGCGCCCUUGGCCAGGGUGGCCAACUCCUUCGCUGACUACCCAGAUGACGUUUACGACGUCACCAACUGCGGCUACACCUGCUGGAACUUGACUCCAGAGGCCAGAGAGACCGUACGGGCAAACAAGGCCGCAAUAGCCGCAUACCAGGCCACCAGUACCAGUGCCACCCCUAGCACAAGUACUGGUGCCACCCCCAAAAAGCAUACAACCAAGAAGGUUACCAGGAAGGACAUCAAGUUCAUCCGUCUUUCUAUUGGUUGA